AUGGCUUACGGUAACUCUGGAAAACCUGUCCGCACAGAGAAUGCACUUUGUGUAAUAUCCCUUGGAGCUGAGCCAGUUAUUGAACAGCGUCAAGUGGCGACUGCAUUGGAACAGUCGCAUGAAGAACUCGUUUCUUUCAUCAGAGAAGUUCGUGAGAAAAGUAGAAGACUGUAUCUUGACGUGAAGAAGUUAAGAACAGUCAUAGACAGGAGAAUUAUUAUUAAGUGGUCUCAUGACAAUGGAAUAGUGCUAAAUACAGAGAAAACACAGUACCUAAUUAUACACUCACCAUACUCACCUCUGAAGGAAACUCCUUUACCUAUAUACACUCACACGUAUGAUUGCAUUCAUAGAUACACGGUCAAUUGCAGCUGCAAACCUAUCCAGAGAGUAGAUUGUGUGACUUACCUAGGGGUCAAAGUUGACGAGCAUUUUUCCUGGAUUGAUCAUGUAAAUUACUUGUGCAAUAAACUUAGAACUAUAUUAAGUAAAUUUUACCACCUAAGUUAUAGAGUUCCUAGUAGUACAUUAAGAGUGUUGUAUAAAUGUAUGGUGGAGUCUGUGAUGGAUUAUGCUCUUGAUUGCUAUGGGCUAACAUUCAAAACCCACAUAGAAAAAUUAGAAAAAUUACAAAUUAGGUUCCUAAAACUACUAGUAGAUAAAAAAACUAAAAAUAAAUAUAAAAAGGACUACUAUAAAUUAUUCAAAAUCUGUAAAGUAUUACCUAUCAGUCUCAAACAUAAAUACAUUCUCGCAACCAAUAACCAUGGCAAGCAUGAGCAUAAUUCACUACUGACAAUAGUUUGUAAUAAAAACAACACCCGAUCGAUGACGUCUGGUAAAUAUGAGGUACCAAGAGUUAACAAUGUUUAUGGUGAUCGAUCAUUAAAAAAGCGUAUCCCGUACUUACUCAACCAUUUACCAAACGAAAUCCGGGAAGAGAAAAGUAAGAAUAGAUUUAAGUCUAAAUUAAAAAAAUAUCUGUUUAGCACAUUACCUUAAUUGCUGUUACAAUAUUUACACUACAUACUAAAUAACAAACUAUAGUAAAUUUCUUAACUAAUAAAUGUACUCGCAAUCUAGCUACUAGCUACCUAAACAUGUAAAUAAACAUACACGUAUAUAUAUAAACAUACUCCACUGAUAUAUAGGUACAUAUAUAUAAUAUAUAAAUGAUACAUAUAAUACAUACACACAUAUAUAUAUUUAUAUAUAUAUAAAUAAAUAAACAUAUAUAUUAUUGAAUAAAACUUAUUAUACUACACAUAUUAUACAUACAUUACACUAUACAUACACUACUACUACACAUAGUACACUACUACUUACUAUUCAUUAUACUACUGUGUAAAGAUAAACUACUAAUACAUCCAUUGGAUCCGACAGACAAACUAAACAUAUAGUUUUGUCGGACUAUAAACUAGAUCAUAAGUUCAUUAACAUGUACCGUUUAAUAAAUAAAUAAAUAAAAAA